ACAAUUGUGUCUGAUUAUGUUUGGUUGAGCUAUGUACGAUGGGCCAUCGUCCGGCGGCACGGGAAGAAAACAUUAGCUGAACUAUAUAGAAAUACCGUUAGAGACGGACCGAAGGAAUAUUUGUCACUGUUACUCUUGGUUGCCCAACAGUCAGCGAUUUCAACUCUGGAACCCGAAACAAGCACACCGCCAAACAAGUGCUCCCUGCCUCGUCGAGUCAGAGGUGAAGUCAGCCUACAAGUGCCUGUGCCAUUGCUGUGCACACUCCUUUGUGUCCCGACAUUCCUGCCCACCUCCUCCCUCCCCCCCCUGGUUUCCGGAGGGGACGACUGUUCUCCCCCUUCACUGUUACCCUCCCCCCCACCCCCCCAACCCCCAUCCACUCGCCCACCAUGUCCUCCAUCCUGCCCUUCACCCCCCCGGUGGUGAAGCGUCUCCUGGGUUGGAAAAAGAGUCCAGGGGGCUCUGGCGGCGCUGGCAGUGGAGGGGUGGAGCUCAACGCCCAGGAGGAGAAGUGGUGUGAGAAGGCUGUGAAGAGCCUGGUGAAGAAGCUGAAGAAGACGGGUCAGCUCGACGAGCUGGAGAAGGCCAUCAGCUCCCAGAACUGCAACACCAAGUGUGUCACCAUCCCUAGCAACUGUUCUGAGAUCUGGGGUCUGAGUUCAGCUCACACCAUAGAGAAGUGGGAUACCUCUGGAAUGUACGGCUUCCCUGACCAUACCAGGUCUCUGGACGGCCGUCUCCAGGUGUCCCACAGGAAGGGCCUCCCCCAUGUCAUCUACUGCCGCCUGUGGCGCUGGCCAGAUCUCCACAGCCACCACGAGCUGCGGGCCAUGGAGGCCUGCCAGUACGCCUUCCACCUGAAGAAGGACGAGGUCUGCGUCAACCCCUACCACUACCAGAGGGUGGAGACCCCCGUCCUUCCUCCAGUGCUGGUUCCCAGACACACAGAGAUCCUGACAGACCUCCCCCCUCUGGACGACUACACACACUCCAUCCCUGAGAACACCAACUUCCCUGCAGGCAUGGAGCCCCCCAACAACUACAUCCCAGAGACCCCUCCACCAGGGUACAUCAGUGAGGAUGGAGAGACCAGCGAUCAACCCCUGAACCAGUCCAUGGACACGGGUUCUCCAGCUGAACUGUCACCUAGUGGAACAUUGUCGCCUGUCAGUCAUGGCCUGGACCUCCAGCCGGUGACGUACUCCGAGCCGGCCUUCUGGUGCUCUAUAGCCUACUACGAGUUGAACCAGCGCGUGGGGGAGACCUUCCACGCCUCGCAGCCCUCGCUGACGGUGGACGGCUUCACAGACCCCUCCAACUCUGAGCGCUUCUGCCUCGGCCUGCUGUCCAACGUCAACCGCAACGCCACCGUGGAGAUGACACGCAGGCAUAUAGGCAGGGGCGUGCGUCUUUACUACAUUGGAGGAGAGGUGUUUGCAGAGUGUCUCAGCGACAGCGCCAUCUUUGUCCAGAGCCCCAACUGUAACCAACGCUACGGCUGGCACCCGGCAACCGUCUGCAAGAUUCCACCUGGCUGUAACCUGAAGAUCUUCAACAACCAGGAGUUUGCAGCCCUGCUGGCCCAGUCUGUGAACCAGGGCUUCGAGGCUGUCUACCAGCUGACCCGCAUGUGCACCAUCCGCAUGAGCUUUGUCAAGGGCUGGGGGGCAGAGUACAGACGGCAGACAGUGACCAGCACCCCCUGCUGGAUCGAGCUGCACCUCAAUGGGCCUCUCCAGUGGCUGGACAAGGUUCUGACCCAGAUGGGCUCGCCCUCCGUGCGCUGUUCCAGCAUGUCUUAAUGUCCCCUGACCUUCAACCAGUAUUUCUCUAAACCCCCAGUUCAUCACCAGAAAAACCAGAAAACAGACUCUGUAUAUUUCCCAAUUCUAUUCCCUUAUAAGAUUUAUUUUCACUCUCUCACACGCACACACACGCGCACACACACACCUGGUCAGUUACCCCGAAGUCCAGAAAGUGUGCCCCUAAUGGAUGUUGUUCAGAUUGUGUCAAGGCCUGAAGCCGGACAAGCGACACGUGCGGGCCUCCAGCAGAGCCAGAGCCAGAGCAGGCCCUCGGAGGGAUGUUUGUCUCCUGGACACAGCUUCUGGAGGCUGGAACCAGACCACAGAGACCACGACAAGGUCUCCCCCUAGUGGUGUGCUAAGGGAGGACGAACAGCACAUCAUUUGACAUGCUAGUCAGUCUUACCACACCCUCUGCUUUCUCUUUUCUCCCUCUCUCUCUCUCUCUCUCUCUCUCUCUCUCUCUCUCUCUCUCUCUCUCUCUCUCUCUCUCUCUCUCUCUCUCUCUCUCUCUCUCUCGUAUAUGUCUCUCCUCUUUACUCCCCUCUAUAUAAAACAAAAACCUGUUGCCUUUGUAGUGAGUGAGUGGCUGUCCACCAUGUUGAAGAGACGGGGAUGUCCAAGACAGACCCAGAAUUGACACGUACAAUCAGACCGUUUUCCUCCACAGCAGACUAGAGAAUGUGGCACAAUGUCAGCGUUCUAGAACAAGUCUGUGUUCUUCUUCCUGCACACGUGCACACGUCUGGAGUGAGUGUUGCCAAUCAAAACGGUCCAACGGACCAAACCGAGUAGUUGGUUACUAAAUCUUCUUUUCGUGGUCAAAAUCUUUCAAACGUCAAAUAUUUAAGCUUUAAGUAUUGAUUGACUAGUCUAGCAUAAUUUUGCACCAUUCAUUUUUUCCUUUUAGCUACCUUUUUGUAUUUCCAUGUAUUUUUAUAUAUAAAUAUAUUAAAAAUCUUUAAAACUUUUUUUUUCAUUUAGAAUUCAGCAUUUCUUUUGAUCUUGCCCACUUUGGGCCUCAUGAAAUGAGAAGUAGAAAAGUUGCUGUGUUUGACUGGUCGGCUGUCUACAGUAGAGAGACCUGCUCAAACAAGCCCCUCACCCUAGACCAUCACACUUCCUGUUAAGCUCAAACAAGCCCCUCACCCUAGACCAUCACACUUCCUGUUAAGCUCAAACAAGCCCCUCACCCAUCUCGUCUCCCGUACUUGGUUCUAGUACUUGACUAGGCUGACCCCCCCCCCCCCCCUCCUGCUAUUCUAUCUAGGUGUUUGUGGUAUGGGACAGUAAGAACAACAGGACUGCCGGUGUCAUGAGUGAAUCGUCGUGACAACCUGUAACUGUUGCUGUGGACGACAGUGUGCAGAUGAGACUCGGAUGUGGACCAGAUCCAUAUGCAUAUAACUGUGGAUGGAUAUACAUUGAUACACUGUCAUUGAGUUCCACACAUUCUUUUGUUUUUUCUCUUUUUUUUACUUUUUUUUUUUAUGGCAAAUCAUUUGUGUGGAUGAGCUUGUGUUUCCAAUAGAAACUGUGCUGUUGCUGUAGUAUGUGGUCUCUGAGCUCUUCAGGUGUUACAUACAGUAUGCAGACUUCAUAAGUACACUAAUAAAAGUUUGACUUCUCUGGA